GGCUUCGGUGUCUUGAUCUUUACGGGAUGCUUGUUUUUUAUUUUUUAUUUGCACAAAAAAAGUCGUCAAGCAGGCACGGACUGCCGGACUGCGCCCGAAAAAGUUAAAUUUCUUUGGAUGAUAUAGAAUUUUUUUUAUUUGAAGUGCAGUGAGAAGAAUGUGUACAUACCGAAAAAUAAAUAAUUAAAACAAAUAAGCUGCAAUGAAAGUGAAAUGAAACGAGAAAACAGCAAAUGAAAAUCAAAAUCCUGCAUUAUAAAGGAAAAAAUCAAUCCGUGUGUAUAAUAAGAGAAAAGAAAAUACAAAAAAGACGGGCAAAAGCAGUAGCAAGCACAGAAGCAAUUUGUUGUUUGUGGAAGAAUAAGUAAAUUAAUAGUGGUGUAGCAACAAAACAAAUGGCAAAAAAGCAAUAAUAAAGUUGCGUUAAAAAAAAGAAAAGAAAAAGAUGCCAAAGCAAUACAAUUCUUUAGUAGUGAGCCAGGCAGCCAGCCAGUCGUCCAUUGGCUUAUAAUUAAUUGAAAUUGAUGCGAAAUGUUACUGUGUGCUUUUUUGUUUAUAUUCUAAUUAAUAACGUUGAUGAUUUUUUAACAUCACCAACUGAAGCAGCAAUAGCAACAUAACAUCAUUGCUAAGGAGGCAGGCAACUUAUGCGCGACUAGAAGAAGCAGCAACAGCAAGGCGUCGACGGCGGAGCAGCAUCAAAAUUAAAUACAUACUUCUUGUUGGGUCCAAGAAAACAGACGGAAAACGAAAAACACCAGCUAAACAGACUGGCUGCUGCUGAUUUUUUUUGUGAAAAAUGAAGAAAAUGUGGUGUGAAAAAAGAAAUGUGCUUUUGUGUGUAUAUUUAUAAAAAAAUAGCAACAACAUUGCCCCAGUGAAAGAGAAAAUAGCAUUCCAAGAAUAAGAGGUUUCAAGAAACAAAACAAAAAUAAGAAAUUAAUUUUUUUUACCAGGAAAAUUCUCCUAAAACGUAAUCGCGAAAUUAAUUUUUUUUUACCAGGAAAAUUCUCCUAAAACGUAAUCGGGUUUUUUUUCGAAAUACAGACAAUCGAUCUUUGUUUCAAUGGUCUGGUAUUUAUUCUAAGUAAAUGAUAAUAGUUUGAUAACCAAAAUUCCAAGGCAUUUGCGAAACGAAGAAUAGAACGACGUCGACGACUACGUGCCACACAUUGUUCCUUUAUUUUGUUGCAACGAAAACGACAAAAAGUUUUGACAGAAAACCAGCCACAGCCCAUAAUAAACAAAAACAACAACCACAACAACACAAACACUAACAUCAUGUCCAGCUGGGCCGAACGGGUUCAUCGUCGUGCUGCCGACUUCAGCAGUGUGGUAACAUCAUGUGGCCAUCCAGGUUCAUCGGCUCCCACAUAUCCCUAUCGCAUGGAAAAAGUUAAGUUUGGUGUACCCCUCGACGAGGUGUGCAAAAAUGAUAACAUUCCAGGACCACUAUUGGUCCUCAUAUUGAAACUGAACAAGGAAUCACCGAAUCGCCGUGAUGUCUUUCGGGCGCCCGGCCAUCAGGGUGCCAUGAAGAAACUGAUACAUUUCCUCCAGUCCGGACGCCUGGUCAAUGUGGACAACUAUUCGGUGUACACCAUAGCCAGUGUCCUGAAGAAGUUCCUGCGAAAAAUACCCAAUGGAAUAUUUGGUCGUUCGGGCGAAAAUGAACUGUUUGCCAUUAUUGAGCUAAGCAAUGAGGCAGAACAAAAUGAACGUUUACACAAAUUAUUUACAUCACUGCCAAAAUAUACACAACAUUUAUUAGUUUUAUUAUUUGGUACAUUCCGUGUAAUAGCCAGCAAUGCUGCUCACGCUGGCACCGGCAUGACCAGUGAAGCUUUGGGUGUCUCUGUUGCACCGAGUUUCUUUCAGUCAUGUGUCAGUGACGGCAAGACCGCACGUAUGGAAGAUGUUUUAAAAUUUAAGGUAGCCACAAAAAUUAUGAAACACAUCAUCGAUAAAUUUGCCACACAUGAUCUGUUUGGUCGUGAGAACUAUGAAUAUUAUGCCCGGGUCACGGGUCGCAUUCUAAAGGUGCAAGACGAAUGGAUAUGCAGUUUUCAAUAUCCACCGCCACCCCGAGGCAAAUUGGCCCAGCAGAAAUAUGCUUUACAACAUUCAUUGGAGGCGGAAAAAACAUGGUUACAAUGCCAAUGUGAACGUUGGGGCUUACUUGCUCAAGAGGAAUCUCGUUCCACACCCGCCUUGCUAACCAGUUCUAGCUCUGCUUUGGAUAAUAGUGUUGUAUCACUUGGUGUUACACCCGAACAUUCAUUUAUGGAAUCAUGUGCUCGACUCUCUGUUUCUUUAGAGGGUCCUGGUCUGUUCGCGAUGACAUCAUCGCCAUUGCCGAGCCGCAAUAAACAUGAUUUCCAGCCGGACGAUGAAGAUGACGACCUAGAUGACGAGAACGAGUAUAACGACGACGUCGACGACGAUGGUGAUGACGAUGAUAACGAUGGCGACAAUGCCAAUGGUGGCGGUGACAAUGCCGAAGAUAAUAUCGCCCACGAUUUAGACAUUUCCUCCCACAAUGAUGAUGAGAACAUUGAGAAUCAAUCCAAGAAUGCCAAUUUCCAUUUGACUUCAUCGUCCACCUCAACGUCAGCGGGUAGAUCACGACGCACCCUUAAAUCACGAUCGUCCUCAAACGAUGCUGGAGGAGGAGGCACAGUAUCGGGCGACUACACAUUUACCGAUAGCCAGGACGAUGUGGAUGGCGAUGAAAUGAUGCGUUGCGUGGUGAAGCGACGCUACAAACAGAACAAAAAGAAAUCUCCCAGCACCUCGAAUACAGCCCAGAUACGUGGUGUCCAGCAGCAGAGACGACUACGGACAGGCAUUAACAAUUCCAAGGGUAUGGACACCACACAUUCUACGACGAUGGCGACUACGACGACAACGGCAACUGCAACGACCAUGAAUACAACACAACAUCAUAACGACUAUCUGAAUGACUAUGAAUUUAUUGGAAAAUCUUCGACAUCAACCUCCACGCUGAAAGCCCUUACCACCGACUCGCUUCUGACACAAAACAUGCAACAAAAGUCACGAGUUUGUUCGCGCUGCAAGCGAGGCAUACGCCACUCCUCCUCAUGUUCCUCGUCCACGGCCUCCGGUGGUGGAGCCGCUGCCAAUGGCGGUACCGGUGGCGGCAUGACCAUGGACGAGUUGAGAGCCGUCAAUCGUUAUGCAGAAAGUACAAAAAGUUUAUCCUACUUGCCACAGGUGAGGGAUGAAUACUUGCUUGCUUCAAGGAUUUCGGUCCAUGAACGACAAACGGCACGCAUGCGCACACGUUCUGAGUGGUUUUUGGGUCCAAAAGAUGACGACGAUGUUCUGUGCAUGGCCAACAAUACAUGUAGCAAUUGCUAUUUAACGGUACAUGGAGGCGAAAAUGAUAUGACGGCAUCGGGCAGUUACUUGGGUGGUGGCAGUACCAGAGACAUGCGACGUGUUGAUUUGGCCGAUGUUCAUAAUCGCACGGCAAUUAGCUCUGGUGGCCCCACGGGCCAUGCUGAGGCUGUCAACACCUCACUGUAUUUAUAUUAUAAACAACAGCAGCAGCAACAACAACAGCACCACCACCCGUCACGUCAUCAUCUCCUACAAGCUGGACAAAGGCAGAGUUUCCAUUUGGCUCCAGACUUUAUGAUGGACACCGAUGACUCUUAUUACCACCAUGGCCAUGGUGGCAGUGCGUUUCAGAAUCAAGGCACCAACAACAGCGCGCAGGCAUCAGCCACAACACAUUCCAGCAGCAUGCACCAGCAGCAGGCAACACAACAGGCCAUGGCAGCGGCAAGUCAUCAGCAGCAUCAACUAAAGCCACACACAUUGGCGGUGGCUGGCGGCGGAGGAGGAGGAGCAGUCCUGUAUUUGGAUACAAACUAUGGUAUAUAUGAUUUUGAUGAUACUGACAUUUUAAUUUCUCCUAACUCUACUACAACUACAACUACUACUACUACCACAUCCAACACUACCACUACAUCAGAAAACAAUUAUUACAUGCAUAACAGCAACAGCAACAAAGAAAACAACAAUAAUGACUAUAUACUACUAAACCAACGCCAACAACAACAUUUCAAUUUAAUGCAAAAAACCAUGGGCAACAACAACAGUAACAACAAUUGCAGCAGGGACAUGACUUUAAAGUCCCUGCGGCCAAAACAGCCAUCACCAUCAUCGGUAUCAUCAUUAUCAUUUAAUAAACCAUUAUCACAGCAACAGCAACAGCAACAACAACAUCUGCAUGCUUAUUUCCCCAGCAACAAUAAUAAUAAUCAUCAUCAACGCCAUAUGUCUCAAUAUUAUUCUACCGAAUCCCUAUUAAGCAAUCAUAAAUCAUACUUAGAUGUCAACUGUGGUGACACAAAAGACUAUCACCAUCAUCAUGAUGAUGUUGAUGAUGAUGAACUGCCUUGCUGCUCAACCUCGACUCUGGCAUCAAAACUAUUAUAUCACAGUCUGCGCGAUGUGGAAAGGCAUAAUGCAAGUGAUAGUGAUGAUGAUGAGUUGUCGUUGAGAAACUCCAGCAAUGCUAAUCUGACCAACACCACAUGCACCACCAUUAACCACACUACCAGCACCAAUGCCGCACCUCCCUCAUUAGAUGAGCACGACUAUGUGUCAGGUGUGUCAUCGUAUCGCCACUCUACGCCCAUGAUGCAACAACGACGGCGUCUUCAACGCCAAACACAGGGCCUGAGACGCCAACGUGUAAACUCGAAUUCUUCAUCCCUAUAUCAAUCGUUUAAUGCCAGCCUGCAGGCACCCAUGGCCUCAGCCAAUCGUGGCCACUUUACGAGUGGCCGUAAUUCAAGAAAUUCUUCACUUUUUGAAUCACGUUCCUCAUCAUCGUCCGGUCGCAUUGGUGGCGGUAGUGGUGGAAGUGGUGGUGUUGCUGUGGGCGGCGCCAGUGCCAGCAAUGCCGGUCUUAGCAACAGCAGUAGUUCGUCGAAUAGUAAUUUUGUUAGUAUUGUAUUUAAUGUUUUAGAUUUUUUGUUUUAAAAAUAUUAAAAAAAAUCUGACAACACAACACUGUUUUAGGUGUGUAACGUUUUUUGUUUUCUUUAUUUUUAAAAUUAUUUUUUUUGUGUAUUGUCUUUUUUAAUUAAAAAAUGAAGUGUUUUUAAGGAUUUUAAGUUUUUUUUUUAUUAUUUAAUUAUGGAUUUUUCAUUUUAAAGUUGUUCUAGUAUAAAAUCAAAAUCGAAUGAUGACUUGAAUAUAUAAUUAUUUAAGACGAUUUUUUGUCAAAUUUGAAUGGAUCAUAUGACAAGACAAGAAAAAAAUUGGAACCUUUUUAGUAUUGAAUCAAAAAAAGGGGCGGUAUGAAUCAACAUGUAACGCUCACCCCCACACCCAUAUCCAUGUCUUAAAUAUACUAACAGAUUGUCAUAUUAUAUGUUUGUACACAUCUAGAACAACUCUUUUUUUAUAUGUUUUAUAAUUAAUUUUAUUAUAAUUUUGUAAUUUAACUAGUGCUUUAAAUCAUCUAAAUUAAUUUAUUUGUUUAAUUUAUGUAUUUAAUAACCCGUAAACGAUUUUAAACAAAUUGCUCAAAUAUAUGUGUAAUUAUUUUCAACAA